UUAAUUUUGUUUCCAGCACUAAACCCUAGUUUCCAUAUUCGCCGUACACGCACCCUCAAUUCCCAAAUUUCUUUAAUAGAAACUCGAUUAAUUUAUUUUUGCUUGCUUCAGUUCAAUUCCGGCAAGCAGAUAUGAAGACAUUCGACGUCGGCGGUGCCACUCUAUCUCUUGCUCUCUUCGCCGAUGUCACCAACUCCAAAGAACUUCUGGAUUUGAUGCAAGCGGGAACUUUGGAACCAGAAGUAGCAUUUCUCAAUGCUUCACUAAUACCAGAUGUUUUCCCUGUUCUUGCUUCUGCAUAUAAGACGCAUGUAGCUAAGUCACGAGAGUCGUUGACGACCCGCACUCUUCAUUCAGAGAUUGUUUACAAUUACUCGGGCUCUAAACAUAUAUCAGAGUCCUUAAAAAGGUGCGGCAUAUCUGACAGCACGAGUUACAUUCUUGUAGCUCGUUUUGGUGCUUCCUCUGAUGAGAUGACAGUCAUAAAGGGACUUGUCAAGGGGACUGAGAUGGGGUUGGAGGAAUUGGCAGGGCGAGCUGAUCAAUCCCAGAUACAGAAGCACUAUAAAAUAUCAGCGUUGGAGUUGGGGAUAUCUUCAGUAUCAGAUGCCAUAACAUGCAGGAUUGCUGCACGCGAUGCGUUGUGAGGAGAAAAUCUGCAUCUGCUGUAUAAUUUUGUACCAUGAUUUUCCCUUUAUUGGAUUGAUGUCUGCUGAAACUUAGGAGAUGAAGAUGCCACUUAAAACCAUGUUCUUUCGGAGUGACCUUAAUCUAAUUUAUCUAGGAACUUCAUUCAUAGAAGUUGUCACAAAAAUGCAUUUUGAAAGAAUACUUGCACAAUAUGAUUCCACAUUUCCUUUGUUUUUCAACCAUCUCUUUUAUAUAUUCAU